UGCCGAUUUCUUUUAUAAACAUUUGUGAAAGAAUGGGACGCUCUCAGCAGCUCAGUGAAUUCAAGCGUGUUACCGUGAUAGGUUGCCACCUGUGCAAUAAGUCCAUCUGUGAAAUUUCCUUGCUACUAAAUAUUCCACAGUCAACUGUUAGUUGUAUUAUCACAAAGUGGAAGCAACUGGGAACAACAGCAACUCGGCCAUGAAGUGGUAGGCCACGUAAAAUGACAGAGCAGGGUCAGUGCAUGCUGAAGCUCACAGUGCGCUGAAGUCGCCAACUGUCUGAAAAAUCAAUACCUAAAGACCUAACUUUAUGUGGCCUUCAGAUUAGUACAACAUGAAGGGAACUCUUAAGGCGUCAAGAUGGCCCCUUCCUGUUCCAACAUGACUGCGCACUAGUG